GUUUAGUCUGUGUUGAUCGUUCGCACGGUUUACAUCGCGCGCGUUUCUCGCCGUUGGAGCGUAACCGCCGGCUUCUCGUAGCAAUCGGUUAUUGGGAACGACAGCCGUCAAUUGACGUUUCUUGUGUGUGGGAAACUCGUUGGAGUCUGCGCGAACGACGCGGACGAAUCGCGUCGCGUGUACGCGAGCCCGCUGAACUCUCACGUGUGCAUUUGAAUUUUCGAAAACGAGCAAGUGCCGGGUGGUGCAGGUGUGUUGUUCGGUGCAAAAGGUGGUGCUCGGGCCUGUUCGGUGCAUUCUCGUCUUCGAAAACGUUGGCAGAGCCAGCGGAAUGUGGCACGAGAAGGAGCAUCUCGGAAGCCAUGCCGGCUGACGAGUUAGCUGGAAAUCGACAGAGAAGCAGACCAAGGCUGCAACCGCCUUAACGAACCGCUAUUCUCAUUGGCAAGGUCAUCGAGCGAACCGGAUCUAAUCAUGCUCACGCCAACAAUGUUUCCUGCGCUUCUUUCGUCGCGAUCCUCCUCGAGCAGCGUGACUCGUGAACAAGCUACGAGUCGAAUCCGGUCGAGUUCGGUUCAGCAGUGACCACCUGGGAGCCUUCGAUACGAUCGCUUGUCAGCGAGCGGAUCCCAAGGACCAGCCUACGAAACGUUUCCGAAAACGAGUACACUCGAUGCUGUUUCCUGCAGAAUUUCCGGCCAGUGCCGCUACGAACUCGAAGGAAGCAGUCAGAGAUCGGUCGGUAAUUAGCCGCGUACCGGUGCCACUCUGAUGCGAGUCGUCGAGUUUUUGCCGAGAACCAAGUGGUAUUCAACGGGACAAAAGUCGCGAACCUGUUGGAAGGAUAGCUCGUCGAUCGCACGUCGAAGGACCAAACGGUACUUCCUGCUCCGGUUCGUAUCGGACGCGCACCGGGCUACCUAUGAUCGUACUCGAGUUUAAUCAUGCCUGCAUCGAUGAUGUCUACUGUUGGCAAGCUGGCUCGCAGAGAAUUACGCUCGAGACGGUCGCAAACGGUGUAAGUAGAAAGAGGUGGCUAUGUAGGCUGGCCGACGAGUGGCGUCGCCAUGGUGGAGUUGGCAUGCAGCAACUCCCUAAGCCCAGGAACGUGAUCCUACCGCGAGACGUUCCUCGAAAGCGCGUGGACCAGCUGACGACGAAUCGUCUCAAGGUGGCAGCGAGAGUAUCCCAGUGAGGAAAGGAAAGGAAAGGAAAGGAAAGGAGGCCAUGUAGAGGAGCAGGAAGAAGCCCAGUCUUCCUCCCGGCAACCCAUCGUCGAGUAAUGCUGAAGCAUAUCCUGACGGGGCAACCGUCGUCAGCGGGCUCCAGACAUCACCACAAUGAGUAUCAGGCGAGCUCGGGCUCGUUGCACGGCGGCCACCAUCAUCAUCAUCAACAGGAUCAACAUCAUCACUACAACCAAAGCGGAAGCGUGCGUCCGUCCGGGAACGGUGGACGCGGCGUCGACGUCUACGACUCGGUGGUUCAUCCGGCGUCGCAGCAGAGGGGUAGCGUCCAUCAGGCCGCGACGACGCCCUCGUCCACGCACAGGCAUCCCCUCAACCACUCUCAGCUGAGCGUGAACAAUCUGUCCCAACGGUUGAAUCACUCGCACGCCCUCAACCUGUCCACCUUGUCCACGUCGAAGCAUUCGGUCAACAGCGUCAGCCCCGUUGCUGGCGGGAACAAUAACAACAACAACAACGUGUCGAACGCUCUGGGACACACGGUGGUGCCGGCCGCGCCGGUGCACCAGGACAACAGGCCCAAAGUGAACGGUGGUUUCGACAUUUCUAGACUGUCCAGGCUACCUAGCCAAACGACACCCUCGCCAGCGCCCGCUCUUCAAGCCACGGUCCUGAGCGGUCAGUUGACUGGAGGCGGUGGUUCCAUCGCGUUACCCUUGAACGCCUCUUGGUCCUCGUCCUUGUCCAGGAAUCACAAGGAUCACGAGGCUGGGGCCAAAGAGACCCUCACCAGUCUCGGUUUGCUGUGUCUAGUGUCCCUGUUACUGGCGCUACUCUCCCUGAUCUUCCUUCUGAAGAUCUCGCCGCUAACGGUCACGCCGAGUAGUCUGAUCAGCCCGGAAGAGUAUACGAUCGUAUACGAGGUUACUCUGGCGCUGUGCGCCCUAGCUCUGUCUCUCAACUUAUGCUGUCUCCUCGUCUGCGCUAUACAGUUCCUCUUCACCGUCAAGCUCGUCAAGACUUCGUACCAGGGACACUGGAGUAACAAGUACCUGCAAAAAUCGUCCAUCAGCCGUAUAUGUGCUGUCGGAGGCUUUUUCAUUAGCAUUCCCGUUUUUCUAACUGGUAUGAUAUUGUACACGUUCAUCCAGUUUCACUCUACACCGGCUAUCGUCACGUCGGUUUUCAUAGGCCUUGGCAUCGUGUUUUGUGGAUGCGCAAUGGUCCACAACGUCUUCGUAUGGCAGAGGGAGAAGACGAACGCCGUGAAGGCGCUAGCGCGCGAACAGUGCGAAGCUGCGGUACAGCUGCAGCGGCAGCAGCAGCUACAACAGCACCACAGUCAGCCUCAGCUGCACCAGCAACAGCAUCAACAGCAACAGCAGCAGCAACAGCUUCGAGCACCGUUGACGAUGCAUCACCCCGGCUGCACGACGAAAGUCGGCUCUUUGGCCAGUCAACCGAACGCCAGUCACGCGACGCACGGCAGAGCGGCUCAGUACCAGCAUUAUCAUCACCAUCAUCAUCAUCGACACGUGUCGUCGAUGUCUCCGCCUCUGUUGAUCUCAUCGCCAGCUCCGAUGACGGCGACGCACAAUCACCUGAACGUCAGCAGUCAUAGGAACGUGGUAACACCGCCUGAUACACCGGGAGACAGGUCGCCACCGAGUCCUGGGAACAAGCUGAACAGGUCGCAGCAUCUACCACGAGAAGCGAGCGGGAGCAUCAGUCCUGGACUACCAGCGGCCACCUUGGAUUUGAGUAGCGCCGCGACCACCAAUAGUCCUCAUGAACUGUCUACGUUGGUCUAGCCUGAUGCUGUCCACGGGAGCCAUUAGGAUACUUCAAUGGACCUCCGUUCUCUUACUGCUCUUAUGUAUGUAUCGCUUUAGCCAAAAACUGCACAGGGACAGCAUUGCGAAGCUACGAAGUUGGCGUGCGGAAGAGACGCGAGUCUGGUUGGUUAUACGAGAUAGAGUGGGGAGAGCCGUAUGGUCGUGGAAUGGUUCACCUGUGUUACGGGGACCGAACGAAGAUGGGACUGGUGGGGACCAAAGCGUGCAAGGGACCCCUCUCGUGGACAGCACUGGAGGUCUCUGCUCGAACAUCCAACCUGUGCAGACGAUAGUUAUUUACAUACAUAUUUAGUUGGAAGUUGCUCGUCAACUGACAAUGACCAGAAACGAGAAGCGAUUCGAUUCCUGAACGAUGUUCCAGGAACAUCGUGCGAAAGAAGCGACUAAUUUAUACCCACGUGUUAUCUUGCCAUUUACAUGCUAUGAUCAUUAUUUUUGAUUAACAUCGUCAUUAAUAUUAUUGAUGACAAUAUUAUUAUUAUUAAUCUUGCGAAACCUCUAGUCCCUAGAUUACUUUCGUUCUCACGGAAGAAUAAGAUUUCUGGAGUUUGACUAUCGCGCCGCGGUCAUGCGAUUACAAGUUCUCUUCGGUUCAAAUCUCAAAGUAUAAAUGGUCGAGUUGUAAAUUUAGAAAUUUCGAUUAUCGAGUGACUUUCUUUUCGAAAAACGUACAGGUUUUCUUUCGUUCUUGUUUCGUAAAAGAACUUUUGUAAUUUGAGAUUUGAGUUUUGACCAGAUCCUUAAUUUUACUAUUUAAGUGUCGAUACUUAACGCGCGUGUUCCUUUUCUUUCCGCGCAGAACUGUAGUUUAAUUAUUUCAAAUAGUUGAUAACAUCGAACUGACGUACCGACACGAAUUUAGAAUUAAACCUUUAGAAUUACUUCAACGAAUAAUCGUGUGUAACGUAACGAAAGUAUCGACGACAAAAGUAUUCUCUUCAUGCUGUACAUGUAAACGGAGACGAAUUUUCUUUUUUUUUUUUAUAGAAAAAUCUAUUUAAGAAUAUUAAUAUGUAUUUUUUAAUUAUUAGAAAAUGCUUAUUUUCGAGUAUCUUGAUCUAUUCUAUAUUAUUUUUACAUGGUUGUAUUUAUAUUUCUUUCCCUAAGUAGCUGUAACAUAGAAAAAAGGAACAAAACGAGGUUUUAGUGCACUAGUAUGUUAUAGAGCAGUGAUGAGUAGAUUAAAUACAAGUUCGGAGGUUCACAUAUACAAAAAACUAGCGUUUACCAGCACCGAUGAGUAGUCUGCACUGAAAAUUAGACAGCUGGCAAGUUUGAAAUAUCUAAAAAACAGAAAAUCCGAAUAUUUAGUCAAUUUGAAAAUUGAAAAAUUGUAGAAUUAGAAAAUUGAAAAAUUACCCGUGUCCAUAAAACCUUCGGCGAACGCUUAUUCUACUUAUCACUACUAUUACGAAUUGAAAAUAUGAACAAAUUCUUGCUACGAGUUGUAGCACGGAAAUAUGUAAGUCGUAUCUUGCAGAU